AUGUCUCGCGACACUGGCCACCGUUACAGUCACGCUGGACGUCGAGUCACACGCAAGAUGCUUGUUCUUUCCCGUAAAGUAGCGAACCUCCUACACCCGUCGGGUUCCAUGGCCGUUGUCACCAAGCGGACCGGCCAACGUUUCUCGCUCAUCUCUCGCGCGGAUUACCAAGCUACCCUCGCUCCGCAAGGCGUCCCAGCUUCGCAGCGCGAGUCGGAAGUCUCCGUGCAGCUUGUUGGUUUUCAUGUCGUUUGCGGAUUCUGUGAUGGGUUUGUGGUGAGGAAUGGGGUCAUACGGAAUUGCGCUCAUCAGAGAGAUUCUUCGUCUAGCAUGUCGGACCACAGUAGAGAAAGAGGUCAGGGAGCGGUGAGAUCACGCACGUCCGUUCCUUCCAGAUCUCCACGCCGAACCACUACCGCUGCUGAUAACAUCUCGAACCUUGUCCUCCGCACAAGCGAUGCGGCUAGAAAAACUCAUGUUCGCCGUACGGACGAGACUCGAGUGAGCCAUUGCUUGGAUGAAGACACGGUCACUGAGACUGACAAUUCUGUUGGCAGUGACGGAAAUGACCAGUCUCGUUGCAAUCCAGAAACCCUCAUGCAGGAUUGGAGGGAGUGGUCCGAAAGGUGGGAACGACGCGUGAAGAGCAGGUGA